CAGCCUCAACACCAUCUCUCCAUCACUAUCAUACCAAAGCCUUUAAGUAUUAAGUCCACUUCAAAACAACUCUUUUCCGAACCCUCAUAAUGACAACCGCUUGUCCUGUCGUUGGUACCACAAACGACGUCCUGCCCCCAAACCACCCGGAAGUCGAUCUCACAAAGGACGGUCAAACCUGUCCUGUUGUCGGAGCCAAGACCGAUCACCACCACAACCUGCACAAGCACCCGUCUGUUCAGAUUGAGAAUACUACCUCGCCGACUGCGACGGAAUGUCCUGCGUUGAAGCAGGUUGUUGCCCAGCCGAAGAGCAAGGCCAUGGACGAUGAGGUGUGCCCUGUUAUCGGGCCUGCUACGACUGUUCUGCCUCCGGACCACCCUGACACUACCAAGGCGAAGGAGGGAGAGGUCUGUCCCGUUACAAAGGCUACGGUGGCACAUCAUAAGGACAAGGUGCAUGUUCAUCCGAGCGUGCAGGGCGCAGAGAAGGGGGCGGUUUGCCCUGUUGCAGGCGUGAAGGUUUAGACAGCCUUCGAAAUUGAGAGCUACUGCCACCUGGCAAGUAUUAUGUCUUGGAGGCUUUCUGUGGGAUUAUGGUUGACGGUGCUGUUGUGGCGUUUAGUUUGGGGGAUGUAUGCUUAGUAAUCAACACCAGCCAGUUCAGCUGUCUUGGAUUUUGUUCUCCUCAU